AGAGAAAGAAAGAAAGAAAGAAAGAAAGAAAGAAAGAAAGAAAGAAAGAAAGAAAGAAAGAAAGAAAAAGAAAGAAACCCCUCAGCAAUUAAAUACGCCUCAUCAUCUCACAGGAAGAAGGUACCGGGUGACCUGGGAAUUGAACCCAGCUAAAUUUCAGCAGCUUAACCCUUAGAUGCAUGAGUGACUGGACCUUACACUCUUCCAUAAGUGGGUCAAAAAUGACCCGUGGUAUAAUCAAUGUGUUUUUAUGCCACAUUUGUCAUUUUGGUUAAAAAUGACCAUUUAUAUUAUAUUUAGUAAUAUAUUCUGGUCCACAAAAGAAUGAUUUCAUGUUUGAAAUAUUUGUAUUUUUCACUUUUUAAAACAAAAAUUUGUAAAACAUUUUGAAAAUUGGAAAAGAAAAUUACACAACAGCAAUAGAACAAUGCCAACAUCUAUUGUGUGUGUGUGUGUGUGUGCGUAAGAGAGAGAGAGAGAGAGAGAGAGAGUGUAUUUCACGGUAUGCAGUUGUGACAAACUACCUGUCUCUGGCUGUAAUCAUUGCACACAGUCAACGUCUCAUGUGUGGGUUGAUAAGAUCGAUCGAUCGAUCUGUCUGUCUGUCUGUCUGUCUGUCUGUCUGUCUGUCUGUCUGUCUGUCUGUCUGUCUGUCUGUCUGUCUGUCCGUCCGUCCGUCCGUCAAUGUAACACAAGCCAUGAAUAGAGGUGCAAUUUGGGUUGGAAAAAAAGAAUAUUGGUCAAAACAAAAAGGUAAAAAGAGAGAGCACAGCGCUUCACUCGCUCUUUCUUAGCGCCGUUUUAGCUCCAACAACGAUGGUGGAAGAAGCUCCAGCACCGGCCAGCUCGGCCCCCGCCAAGGCUCCUAAAAAGAAGACCGCGACCAAACCCAAGAAAGCGGGUCCCAGCGUCGGCGAGCUGAUCGUCAAAGCUGUUUCCGCUUCCAAGGAGAGGAGCGGCGUGUCCCUGGCCGCCCUGAAGAAAGCUCUGUCUGCAGGUGGAUACGACGUGGAGAAGAACAACUCCCGCGUCAAACUCGCCGUCAAAAGCCUGGUGACCAAGGGCACCCUGGUGCAGACCAAGGGCACCGGCGCCUCAGGCUCUUUCAAGCUCAACAAGAAGCAAACCGAGGCGAAGAAACCCGCGGCCAAAAAAGCCGCCGCUCCUAAAGUGAAAAAGGCCGCAAAGAAACCCGCCGCCGCAAAGAAGCCCAAGAAGGUAACAGCCAAGAAGUCCCCCAAGAAGGUCAAGAAACCCGCUGCUGCCGCUAAGAAAGCCACCAAGAGCCCCAAGAAGGCUAAGAAGCCGGCGACCCCCAAGAAGGCAGCCAAGAGUCCUAAAAAAGCCAAGGCAGCCAAACCCAAGACCGCUAAGCCAAAAGCGGCCAAGGCCAAAAAAGCUGCACCCAAAAAGAAGUAAUCAUGUUUAUGUUUUAUUACCUUCAUUUUCUUAAAACGGCUCUUUUAAGAGCCACCUAUUUCCUCCCAUAAAGAGUCGCGUUUCCUAAAC